UCUGAUUUGUCGUUUGCAAGCGUUUUCUACUCUAAAUUUGUCCCGAAUUUAUUUAAUUGCAAUAUUUUUUAAUUAAUUUGACGAUUUUAAAAACAAUAAACACUCUAAAAUGGGGACCAAACGUGUAUCAAAUAGUAUGGUAUUAGCUCAGGACAACAAGCGCUCAAAACAUGAUAUUGCUGUGUACACAAACCGGGACAAGGCUUUGCUAGAAACGGGAGUACAAAGAACUUCCAACUUAUCUGCAUCGAUUAUGCUGCUCGAAGGCCAUCAAGGUGAAAUAUAUACCUGUGAAUUCCAUCCAGAUGGAGAACUCCUUAUGUCGUCCGGAUAUGAUAGACAAAUAUAUAUAUGGGGAGUCUAUGGUGAAUGUGAGAACAUAAUGGCCAUGUCUGGCCAUACUGGAGCUGUGAUGGAAGCUCAUUUCUCCACAGACGGUUCAAACAUCUACACCUGCUCUACGGACAAGACUCUUGCCAUCUGGGAUAUUGUAACUGGGACGAGAAUACGCCGUCUGAAGGGUCACACUACUUUUGUAAAUUCGGUGCAUGGUACACGGAGGGGUGUCCAAAUGUUAUGCUCCGGUUCAGAUGAUCGUACUGUGAGAAUCUGGGAUGCUCGUAAAAAGUUUCCGGCACAAACUUUCGAAAGCAACUAUCAAGUUACUGCAACUUGUUUCAAUGACACUGGUGAACAAGUUAUCUCAGGAGGAAUUGACAAUGAAAUAAAAAUCUGGGACAUUCGACGAAAUGAUAUCGUCUAUAAGUUGAGAGGUCACAUGGAUACAGUUACUGGAAUAUCCUUGUCUCCUGAUGGUUCAUAUCUUUUAUCGAAUUCAAUGGACAACACUUUGCGGAUUUGGGAUAUUCGUCCGUAUGUUUCGGGUGAGAGAUGUGUCAAAAUCUUCAACGGAAAUCAACAUAAUUUUGAGAAGAAUCUACUGAGAUGUGCAUGGUCAGCAGAUGGCAGCAAGAUAUCGGCUGGUUCUUCUGAUCGUCAUGUGUACAUUUGGGAUACAACAAGUCGUCGAAUUUUGUACAAGUUGCCGGGUCAUAAUGGCAGUGUGAAUGACGUAGAUUUCCAUCCCAAAGAACCCAUCAUCCUGUCCGCAUCGAGUGAUAAAAAUAUGUUUUUGGGUGAAAUAGAAGAUUAAAUAAAUAUAAAUAUUUUUUUUGAAACAAAA